AAAACUGUACAAAUUCUAAGACUUGUAAAAUGAUGUGGUCACAUGCUGACAUAGUAAGAGUUAUUUGUAAAUAAAUUACAAAUAUGUGGCAGGCAAAUAAAGAGUAUGUUGCUAGUCUGAAUUAUUAGUGCUAUUAUGCUGUGUUAAAUUAUUUAGAAUUGUGUUUAGAGUAAAUUCAGAGUGUGGAAGUGAGAUAAAGUCAGACGUGCUGAGGAGAGUCUGAUCUGCAGAGCUGAUAGGACAAACUGCACUUCACACGGUUCCAGUGAUAACAGGCCAGCUUAGAAGCCACUUACACUCAUCGACGUCCAGUGCAGCAGCCUGUGGAACUGUAAAGCCCAUCUAAAGCUGUUUUUGAUAGCCAUUAACAGGACUUUGCCACAACUCUGACACUGUACCCACAAUGACGCCUGUGGAAACGGGUGAACCUGGUAGCUCUUUCUUAGUGGGCAAGAAGAAAGACCUAAUCCAGGCAAAACGCACCAACAUCACAGUUGGCGAGAGAGAUAUCCUUGUGAUUCAUCACCAGGGAGUUUUCUAUGCCAUGGAUCAGCACUGCUACCAUGCAGGCGGAGCCUUGUUAAAUGGAGAUAUUGAGGAAAUCGCCAACAAGCUUUGCAUUAUCUGUCCGAAGCACAAGUACAAGAUCAGUCUGGCAGAAGGAGAAGGACUUUACAAGAUCCCCAAUCAAAGAGGAAAGGACCAGCCGCCUCGCUGGUGUUCCAAAGGCAUAAAGCAACGCGUGCACAAGGUGAACGAGGUGGACGGGAACAUCUUUGUGACCCUGUCCACAUAUCCAGGGUGGCUCGAUUCGGACUAUUACCAGACCGAAGAGGGCAAAGAACAGCUGAAGAAAGCUCAGCAGGAUUCAGACAAGACCGAUGAAUGAACUGUUAACUGUCUGGUACAACAUAUCAGAAGAGAGCUGCUGAUUAUAACCUAGCAUUACAUACAAAUGUACAGAGUAACACAAUACCUCAAUUUUUUCUGCUUACAUAGUUUAUAGAGGACUUUUAUUUAUUUUCAGGGUCAGAAAUGUAACCGAGGGAGUCAAAUACUUUUUUUUAUUUAAUAUUAAAUUCUACAAACUGAAAAAUUACUGAUAAUAAAGGUGAUUAUGAUUUUUUUUUAUUUAAA